AUGGUCAGAUCAAGACGACGUCACAAAACAAUUCUGAAGGAUUCUGGAGCGACGACGUCGUCAUCAGAUUCAGAUGACGUGGAAGAUUCCCUCCUCCCAUCCACGUCUUCAUCACAUCUGGAAGAAUCAUCGAGAAGAAAUAGCACAAUCACCUCCUCUAACGACGUCGAUAUCAUUCAGUAUCGCUACUACAGUCACGUCAUCAACAACGAAGACAACGUUGACGACGUUUCGGAAUUCAGAAUCCACAAAAUGCGACGUCGACGAGACAGCAGUAGUCACAGAACGCGACGUAGAACUAUGAUUUCGACGUCUUCUGAAUGUUCCACGUCAUCAUCAGCACCAACAACAUCAUUAUCAUCGUUGUGUCGUCGAACCGCUUCAAUUAUCUUCCUAUUGCUCAGCUUAUGUGCCAUUUUUCAGCCAUGCUCAUCGAUUCGAGAGAUCCGCUGCCCGCCAAUCGAUAUCCGAAACAAGCCGUGGGGCAUCAAGACUCGGCCAUCACUGAUUGGUGAUAAGGACCAGAUCAACUAUUUCUAUGAUCGUUCGAAUAAUGCGUCCUGGCCACCAGUCAACCAUAUGAUCAAUUGUACAGUAAUCGAAGGCUCACUAUCACUAUCAUUCAUCUAUGGCGGGGGACACAGCAAUGACCCCAGAGAGAUGAAAAAUUUGGAACAAUCGGAUUAUCCGAUUUUUCCCAAUUUGCGAGAAGUCACUGGCACUUUUCUGGUUUUUGAGACCAAAGGACUCGUUGAUCUCGGCAAAAUGUUCCCGCAGCUUCGUGUGAUCGGUGGACAAACGCUCGUACAACACUUUGCACUCAUAAUCUAUAGGAAUCAUCAGUUGGAAGCGAUCAAUCUACCCAAGUUGAGUGUGGUUCGAAACGGUGGCAUCCGGGUGCAGGACAACAAGUACUGUUGCCACGUCACCUCGAUCGAUUGGAAGAGUCUGAUUCAGUCUCCGAUCAACGACGUCGUCGUCGACGACGCCGCCGAGUGGUCGGUGACGGAGACUGGAAAAGUAUGCCCCAAAACAUGCGACACGGAACCAAACUACAAGGAUCGGUGUCGUGAGUACAUGACGCCCGAAGGUAAACAAGUGCAAAGUUGUUGGAGUGACACGGCGUGCCGUCGGAAAUGUCCCUACGAACGGUUUGAUAACGGAACGAUGGGUCCCGGAUGUUCGCCAGAAGGAGAACGAUGUCAUGAGCAAUGUCUGGGUGGCUGUGAUGCUCCGAACGACGACACGCAAUGCUCGGCAUGCCGUCAUCUACACUAUAACGGAAAAUGUGUUGCCAAAUGCCCCAAGAACAUGUACGUGCUGAUGGGACGACGGUGUGUCACGAAGGCCGAGUGUCUGGCACUGAAUCCGAAACAGAAGAACAUCUUUCAACAUAUCAAAGCGACGGAUGGCCUGUGUUCCGACAAGUGUCCCGAGGGUUGGGAGAUUAAUAAGAAGGAUAUACGGUUCUGUAAGAAAUGCGAUGGACCGUGUGAGAUCACCUGCACCAUUGACCACAAAAUCGACACAUUUCCCAAGGCGUUGGCUCUUCGACGAUGCAACAUCAUCAAGGGAAAUCUGACGAUUGAGAUUCGUGGCAAACAGGAGUCGGGAAUGGCCGCUGAGUUGAAGGAAGUCUUUGCGAAUAUCCACACAAUCACGGAGUAUCUGCACAUCAUGCGAUCACCACCCCUCUUAUCACUGGCAAUGUUCAAAAGGCUGAAACUGAUUCGAGGCGACACGCUAUUCUUGAACAAAUUCGCGAUUUCAGUGGUCGAAAAUGACAAUAUGCGAUCGCUUUUUGAGGAUAAUCGAGAAAUUGUGUUUGGCAACAAGAAUGCCACUGUUCAGUUCCACAACAAUCGAAUGCUGUGCUUCGAGCUGAUCACCGAUCUCACAAAAAUGCUCGGAAUCAAUAAAACCCAUGAUGAUGACCAAUCGCCCAACUCGAACGGUGAUAAGGCGAUCUGUGCCACCUCGCUGAUUACGGUCAAACUGGGCGCUGUCAGUGACGAUUCGAUUCAUUUCAGUUGGGCACAAUUGGAUUUGACGGAUAGUGAUUUUCGCAAAUUUUUGGGAUACGAACUGUUCUAUAAGUACCAGAAAGCGGUUUUUCUUCUUUCAGGAAGUGGACAAAAUCGAUCCAAAAUGACAAUCGAUGACGAUCGAUCGGCAUGCGUCGACUCGUGGUCAUCGGUGUUCAUUCAGCACUACGAAGAUGGUAAAAAAGUUAUUGAAGCGACAUUGUUGGCAAAAGACCGUAUCCGCCCGAACACCCUCUACGCCUACUAUGUGGCCACUCAAAUGGUCCGCCAUCCAGGCGCCAGGAAUGGAAUCUCGAAAAUUGGAUUUGUGAGGACGAAAUAUGCGGUUCCAGACCCCCCAAUGGUUCGAGUUGAUGCAGUUUCCCAGAAUUCUAUUAAACUCGUCUGGGAUCCACCACACCAUAGCAACGGUGACAUCACGUUCUACACAAUCUCAUGGCGAGAGCUGGAUAUCGAUGUGCACGCGGAGGCGAUGAGGUUUUGUAAUGAAGAGGGCACCAUGGUCGCCACCCGUUAUGAAGACGACACGUCGGAUAAGCCAGACAAAGAAGUAUCGAUUUCCAUGUACUCCCCGUUCACCAGCAAUGACACGUGCUCGGCGUCAGCCGGAUGUUGCGCUUGCUCAGCGUUAGCAUCCUCUGACGAUCGCUCGUUGACGACGCCGGAUCCGGAUAAGAGAGCAAAUAUUCGUGAGAAGCGAUCGAUUCAAAACGCCAAAGAACAGGAUGAAAUGUUGGCGAGAAAAGAGAAAAAAUUCUUCAAAAAAUCACCAGAGACAUCCGGACAAACAGACACACCCAACGAAAAGGACCAGGAUAUUGGAAAGGAGACGACGGAUGAGGAGAUUAAGCGACUGUUGGCGGGUGAUAAGCAGGAGCAAAAUGAGAAUGACAGUAGUACCAAUUCGACAGUAGCCCCUGAAGCCAAGCCCACAGUGGCUGUGAUGGAUGAAAUUCUGUAUCCGGCCAAUGUGAAUACCAUCAAUGUGACAGCCAAAGCGACUGGAAAUCAAUGGUUGUUGGGGAAUCUGAAGCACUAUACGAUUUAUGCGAUCACAAUCCAAGCAUGCCAAAACACCUCGAACUUCCCGCACUACUGCUCCGUCCCACAUAAAGCGGCGACCAAGAAACGAACUCUAGCCAAACCGGACAUUGAUAAGGUGGACCAAUCGACAAUUAUGACGAUUCAAGAUAAGCAGGAACCCAAUAAGGUUCAUAUCACUUGGAACCAUCCGGAUGAGACGAAUGGAGGCGUUUUGGGAUACAUGGUUACUGUAAAGAACAGCAUGGAGAUCCCUGUGUGUGUACCGAAUACCAAAGGUUUCGAUCCAACCACCCAUGGUACCGUAUUCCGCGAUUUGUCCGAAGGAAGCUAUGAAAUCGGAAUCGUCACCUACUCGGCAGCGUCGAACGGUGAACGUGUGAAGCGUCAGGCGAUGUACGAAGUGUCGAUGCCAAGCUUCUGGCUAUGGUGGCGUCUGCUCCUCGUCGGCCUCUUCAUCUUCUGCCUGAUCGCAGCGAUCGCUGGCGUCGUCUACUACAACGUCAGGUACAAGUUUGGAAAGCGUGUCAAGAAGUUGGCCGAUUUCAUGCACAUGAAUCCGGAGUACUGUGUGGACAACAAGUAUACCAUUGACGAUUGGGAGCUGGAGAAGGAGUCGGUGACACUGGGAGAGGUCAUUGGACAGGGUACAUUCGGAAAGGUCUAUCUGGCACAGGGAAAGAAGUGUGUGUCGAUUCGAGGCGAUGCGUUUGGCCCAUGCGCCGUGAAGAUUAAUACGGAGGAGGCGGCAGAGUCACUGGAGAAUAUGAACUAUUUGAUGGAGGCGAAUGUGAUGAAGAAUUUCAAGACCACAUUCAUCGUCAAACUGUUCGGUGUCGUAUCGAGUGUCCAUCCUGCGUGGGUGGUCAUGGAAUUCAUGGAGCUGGGAAAUCUCCGCGACUAUUUGAGAGCCAAGCGAGAGGAGGAGGUAUUCGACGAGAACAACUGCAAUUUCUACAACAUUGUGCCGCGGGAGAAGAUUUGCGAGUGGGCCGCCCAGAUUUGCGAUGGAAUGGCCUAUCUGGAAUCGCUGAAAUUCUGUCAUCGAGAUUUGGCAGCCAGAAACUGUAUGAUUGAUAAAACGGAAUUGGUGAAAAUUGGAGAUUUCGGAAUGGCCAGAGACUUGUUCUAUCACGACUACUAUAAGCCGUCCGGAAAGAGAAUGAUGCCUGUCAGAUGGAUGUCGCCGGAAUCGUUGAAGGACGGCAAAUUCGACUCGAAAUCCGACAUUUGGAGUUUCGGAGUGGUCCUCUACGAGCUGAUCACCCUCGGCGCCCAACCCUACAUUGGUCUAUCCAACGAUGAAGUUUUGAAUUACAUCGGAAUGGCGAGGAAGGUGAUUAAGAAGCCGGAUUGUUGCUCAGAGUAUUGGUACAAGAUUAUGAAGAUGUGCUGGAGAUACGCGCCCAGGGACCGUCCGACGUUCCUUCAGCUGGUCCAUCUGCUAUCAGCCGAAGCGUCGGAGGAGUUCAAAACUCUGUCGUUCGUGUUCACAGAGAAUCAGAUGGCCAUGGAGGACACGGAACCACUGGAUUUGGAUGAGAUUUAUAACUAUAAUCCGCCUGAGGAGCUGGACCCGGCUGCUAUGGAUGCGCAGGUCAUGGAGGAGGAGAGGAAGGGCGGUAGAAGGAUGACUGACUCGAUCCCGAUGAAAGAGUUCAAGAGUGAUGGAUUGAGGAAGAAUGGAGGAGGCACUGGUGGGGGUAGUAGUCAUUCGACGAUCUCGAUGGGUUCCACGAUGAUUCCUAUGAAGCCAAAACGUCGCCAGGGCAGUCUCGACGAGGAGUACACGCUGAUGAAUCACAGUCGUGGACCGAGUGACACUGAAAUUCGAACGUAUACAGGAGACGAGGGAGACUAUGUGGAGCGAGACGUGGCAGCAGAUGUGCCUACGCGACGAAACACUGGCGCCAGCAAUUGCAGCUACACGGGCGGUCCAUACUGCCUGACGAACCGAGGCGGGUCCAACGAGCGAGCUGGAUUCGGAGAGGGACUACGGUUGACAGAUGGUGUUGGGUCUGGUGGACACCUUCAUGAGGAUAGCUACUAUUCGGAUAACCAGCUGAAUUCUAUGGAUACGCGCCGCAGCACUGGAGCAUCGACAGCGUCCUAUGGAGCACCACCCCAGACGAAAUGGAGUGGAUCGCAGACCAAAGGAGCCACCUAUUUCGAGAAACAGAAGCAAAUGCAGGCGGCGGCAGAAGCAGCCGCGAAAAAAGCGAAACUCAGUGGUGUCGGGGAUCAUCCAGUGGUUAUACCCACUGGUUUCAAUGGGGAUCCGGAUUAUACGGAGACGGAGCCACCGCUGAGCAAAGGAUCGCCUUCGAAAAAUGGAAACACCGGCUACCAUCAUCAUGGUCACCAUGGACCCCCUCAUCGUGGAAACGGCCGUACGGCAUUUGGCGAAACAGAACGUCUCAUCGAGGAGCAUCCCUGA